AUGAGCACUCCCUUGGGAGUUAACUACUUUGUUGCACCUGGAAGCCUUCAAGGCUUUAACCUUCUGCCUCAGAUGAUGACCCAGAUGAUGACCGGUUUCCCAAGGCAGCACUUCAUCAAUCAAGUGCUAGCAACCCAAGGGAACAGCAACAACGUGGGUGCAAGGGUUGAAGAAGAUUUAGCCAAACCUUACAAGCCAAGUAACCUCUCAUGCUUUUCACAGCAAAUAGCCGAUUAUGAUUUUCAAACAAAGAUCAAAAUGCCGUCCCACAUUAGAACAUAUGAUGGGACUGAAGAUCAUGAAGACCAUCUUCAGAUCUUUACUAGUGCCGCAAGAAUCGGGAAAUGGUCAAAUGCUGAAUGUUGUUUGAUGUUCAUGCAAACCCUUGUCGGAUCAGUCAGAAUCUGGUUCAAUGACUUACCUGCUCGAAGCGUUCGAAGUUUCGAUGAUCUAAGCAAAGGGUUCCUAGCCAAUUUCUCUCAACAGAGGCGGUAUGUCAAAGAUGCCACAGUGAUCUUUCAGAUCAAACAAAGAGAUGAUGAAAGCCUUCGAGAGUUCAUAGAAAAAUACAAGAAGGAAGGUCUAACUUAUGUGGGGGCAGACGAAAAUCUGAGGGUGGCCGGUUUCAUGAAUGCCAUUACCUCAAAAUAUCUCACAAGGGAUUUCAACAAAUCCCUGCCCAAGACCUUGGAAGAAGCUCUCGAAAGGGUUGAAGCCCACAUCCGGGGAGAGGAGGCAGUAGACAUUAAAGAACAAAGGAAAAGAGGAUCCAGCUGGCGAGGCAAUAGCCCAGCUAGAAAGAGAGGAAACUUCAACUCCUAUGACAGACGCCAAAAGGGUUCAGACCAUCGAAGGUCUGAAGGCCGGAACCCUCCCAGCAGGGAAAAAGGCAUGAGUUUCACACCUCUCACCAAGACUCCUCAAGAAAUCCUAGCUACAGAAGAACUUAAGAAAAGGAUUGAAGAAGUUGUUAAGUCCGGAGAACUUGCUCAUUUGGUAAAAGGAGUAAGGGACAAAAUGGUUGAAGGAAAAGGCACGGAAGUCAAUAUGGUGGAUUUUGAUGGAAGGGUUCCACACAAGAGGCAACGGUUGGAAGCUUGGGAGCUUCAGUGUGUUUGCUUUCCCCCAACAGAGAAAAACCCUCUUUCAAACCCUCUCGUGGUAGAGGCAACUAUGGGAACAUUACAAACAAGUAGGGCAUACAUAGAAACUGGGGCAGCUACUGAAAUCAUGUUUGAGAACGAAGGUCAGAAAGAAAGAACCCAACUCACCUUUGUGGUUAUCAAUAUUCCCUCAAACUAUGACGUGAUCAUCGAGAGGCCAGGACAGUGUGCAUUUUACAUGGCUGUGUCUGUCAGCCAUGGCACUGUCAAAUUUCCCACCGAGAGGGGAAUAGCAACCCUUCAACCGUCCCAGGAAGCCUACAUGGUUGAAGGUGAAAGCUCCAAAAGUGAAGAAGACAAGCAAAGGCUAAUCAUAAAUCCUAAGUACCCUGAACAGAGAAUAAGGGUCAACCCAAACCUUUCACAAGAAACCCUUUCAUAUCUUGAAAAAUUGCUAACACACCACAGCGAUGUCUUCGCUUGGUGUCCGGAAGAUAUGACGGGGAUCCCCCGAAACAUUGCUGAACAUGAGUUAAGGAUACCACCAGAUGUUAAGCCUAUGGUCCAAAAGAAAAGAAGUAUAGCACCUGAGAGAAGCCUGGCUGCUUGCUAA